AUGUCCAAAUCUUCACAUUUAUCUAAAGAAUAUCUAUCAGACUCUGAUGCUGAUAGUGACAGAGAAGAGAUUCCUUCAUUUAAGGUCCCAAAACAUUAUAGGAAGAUUGCCAAUUUGAAGAAAUUUCCAAAACUAUCAAAGAAUGAACAGCUUUGGUUGAUUAAAUUACCGAAAGGAUUAGAUCCAUCAAGUUUAAAAACUUUGCCUUUAUCGAAUGGUGUGAUAUCAGUUGCAGAGAGCAAUGAGAAAUAUUUAUUAUCCGAAGAUUUAACACAAAAUUUAUCGUCAAAUUUAGUCUUAUUAAGUUCAAACGCUGAUAAAGAAACUUUAUCUGUUAAUAUAGGUGGUUCUAAAAAAAGUGAUUCUGUUAAAUUUGAUAAAAUUUUGACAGUAAGUAAAGUUGCUGCUAUACCAGAUAUUGAUUAUGAAAAAGUUAGAACUCCACGUAAAAAUGUCACUAAACUCGAAAAUUUACAAUUGAAACAUUUCGCAACUGGCUAUGAUGCAAAAGAUUUUGGUUUAGAUGAUAGUAAACAACUUUCCACUGAAAAGAAAUCGACUGAGAAAGAACAUAAGAAAGAACAUAAGAAAGAACAUAAGAGUAAGAAGAGAAGUCAUAAAAAAAGUGAUGACUCUUCAAACAAGAAGAAGAAGAAGGAUAAAUCUAGGGGAGAAGAUUAG